UCAGCGCCUGAUUCCAAUUCGUCUUCGCGUCUCUUCUCGCCUCGUCUAUUGGUUUGGGACGCCGCCAGUCAGGCCGCUUCCCAUUUUCCCUUUCCCGGAGAGUUGAGUAGCAACAGCUCGGAAACAUCUGGCCGCCGCAGCAGCAGCUUUUCAGUGUUCCUGCGCUGUACUGCGCUCAGGUCUUCUCCGCUCCGUCUUUACUGUUACUACUACCACGACUACUGCUGCUGGAAUUAUGGAAACCGACUGAAAGAAAGUCUCCUCAGUUGAACAGGGUUUCUGAGCGGAGCUGAACGGAGUGAACGCAGCUCGGUUGUCUCAAAGGGAGCUACAGCAGGCGUUACCACAACAGUGGACUUUAUCAAGUUGAUGCAAACUGCAGGUUAUGAAGACAGCAUGGAGUUCCCGGACCACAGCAGACAUUUACUGCAGUGUCUGAGUGAACAGCGGCAUCAGGGCUUUCUCUGCGAUUCCACCGUCCUGGUAGGCGAUGCCCAGUUCCGUGCCCACCGUGCUGUGCUGGCCUCCUGCAGCAUGUACUUUCAUCUCUUCUACAAGGAUCAGCUGGACAAGCGGGACGUGGUGCACCUGAACAACGACAUUGUGACGGCUCCGGCGUUCGCACUGCUCCUCGAGUUCAUGUAUGAGGGCAAACUGCAGUUCAAGUCCCUGCCCGUGGAGGAUGUUCUGGCCGCUGCUAGCUACCUGCACAUGUAUGACAUCGUCAAGGUUUGCAAAAAGAAGCUAAAGCACAAGGCCACGGCUGAGGCAGACAGCACUAGGCGAGAGGAGGAUGCCUCCAGCUGCUCGGAUCACGCAGAGAGCCUGUCGGAGGGCGGCAGUGGCAACCUGUUAGCCAGCGACGACGACGACGACAAUGAAAACAAGCGAAACGGCCAUUGCCCGCAAGAACCGGCCCGGAUGUGGGCACAUCUCACGUUGGAGCGGACGGCCAGCCCUGGAGAGGCCGAGCCGCAAGGCAAGUCACCCGCUGCCACCGCCGCCGCCAGUCCCAGCAGCUCCACAGGGUCGCUUUGUCCGACUGGUGAUUGUGCACUUGACCUGUCGGUCAAGUCAGCCAUAAGCACCACUCCAAGUGAGGCCAGGAACCCGUUUCUGUGUGGUUCGGCCACUCCGGACAGUCUGCAAAGCGCUCUGGUGCAAGUUAAGGUGGAGAAAGACACAGGCUCAGAAGAUGACGAACUGCCCAGCACAGAAUAUGAGAUGGAGCACAGUGGCCUGAAAGACGGCGGCGCGCCCAACACCAAAGGCUUGCACGUCGGUCACAACGGGCACAGCGUUCAGCGGCUAAGCCUCAACCUGGAGGCACACCUGACGGCCCUGCGUGAGGCAUCUCUGGAGCGAGACAGCAAGGACGUGGGUGACAGCGAGGUGCUGGGAGGUGAGCCUGACCGGGCACAGGAAAGCCCAUUGCUUCCAUACGUUUCAGGCAUGUUGGGCGCAGCACACGCUCAGAUCUUCAUGUGCCCUCUGUGCAACAAGGUGUUUCCGAGCCCGCACGUGCUGCAGAUCCACCUAAGCACACACUUCCGCGAGCAGGAAGGCACGCGCCCCAAGCCCACCACCGGAGACGUCAACGUUCCCACAUGCUCCAUCUGCGGCAAGACCUUCUCAUGCAUGUACACGCUGAAGCGACACGAACGGACACACUCUGGCGAGAAGCCCUACACGUGCACCACGUGCGGCAAGAGCUUCCAGUACUCGCACAACCUGAGCCGGCACGCUGUGGUGCACACGCGGGAAAAGCCGCACGCCUGCAAAUGGUGCGAGCGGCGCUUCACGCAGUCCGGAGAUCUCUACCGGCACAUUCGCAAGUUCCACUGCGAACUAGUGAACUCGCUCUCGGUGAAGAGCGAGGCGCUCAGCCUGCCCACACUCCGAGACUGGCCGCUUGAGGAUAGCUCACAAGAACUUUGGAAAUGAGAGCAAAUAAAAAAAACAAAAAAAAAACUGAUUUUUAGGGUCAAAUUGAGAAACAGAGAGCAAGAGAGGUAAGAACGAAAGGAGGCAGGGUGAAGAAAGGUCUGCAUCAGUCAUGUUUUCUGUGUGUACAUUGCUUAUCUUGUUGAAUUGCACUUUACUAGCACAUGAAAAUGUUACUACUGAUAUUUCUGGUCUGUUUAGUUGUUCACUUUUUAUAUAUCUAUAUAUAUAUAAAACAUGUCUGAAGCUGACAUAAAACGUGCAAAUCUACAUUUGACGGUGCAUAUCCAUACACUUGUGUACACUCCUCUAUCCAUGCCAUGAAAACCCAUAUGAAGAUUUCAGGUUUUUACACUAAGGAACACACUAAACGGGUACUAUGAUCUUAUAUCGGCCUGUACACAAAGCUCAUUUAUGAGUACGUGUAUAUAUUGUGCACUACUACUAAUUUAUUUUGCAUACAUCAUACCUGGUGUGUGUGUGUGGCUGUGCGAACAUAGUCUGUUAACAAGUCAGUCCUGCAAGGAUGUUCGCUCGGAAAGCUCCAAGCUUGCGUUAUUUAGGCUCUUGUACAUUUUUAAAAAACUUGUAAUAGGAAACCUGACUGAUAGAAGACAAAAGGCACUCAUGCAAUGUACAGCCUCCUUUUUCAUAUCGAUUGACAGAUUUUUUUGUAUCAUUUAAGGAUGGAGCUUAUGAGUUAAUGUAUUUCAUUUCGUUCCAGACCUUUUGCUUGUUUUCUACCGAGAUUGGUUUAGGUUGAUUUUUUUCUGUAGUGUUUUAAACAUUUUCUUUGGUUUGGUUUCGAAAUGGGAUCUGUUGUUGCAUGAUGUCCAUGUAUAUUUAAGA